ACUGUAUAAUAUUCAUUGUAUUCAAAACAUUGUUGGCAUAAAGAAAUAGUGGUUCACAGUUUAAAUACGCAACAUGGUAAUCAUCAGCAAACUCUUGUUCGACGAAAAAAUAACAUCAGACAUUUCUUGUAAAAGUGUGUUACAUCCAUGGACCAACAACUGCAUCAAAGCAAAUAUGACAUCGGUAGCCACACGUUGCUUUUCAGGAGUAUUCUGUUUUUAUGCAUCAAUUUAUCUAGUAAAAUUACUCACUAAUCAUAAGAAACUUAGUAAAACUUACAUGAAGAAAAUUGUUAAUCAACUUUUAAGAUCCUGGUGUUACGGUGUUAGUUACGCUGCCUUAACAUUAAAUGGAGUUUGCUUAAACUAUAACAUUUUAGGUACAUUUCAUUAUUACACUGUUGGCUUUUUACCAGGUUUAUUAGCCGGUUUAUCGCUUUUGUUUGAAAACAACGAAAAUCGUCUUUUAAAUAGUUUAUUAUGGUCCACUUUGGUAAUCGAAGCAUUAUUAAAAAAUUUGUAUCACUUUCAAAUAAUUCAUUAUUCGAUCUUUCGAGAAACAUUAAUGUUCAUGGUUGUCAGUUCUUUGCUAAUGUACAUAAUAAGAAAAAGAUCACUAAAAGGACAAAGAAUUCCUCCUACUCUAUGGAUUUAUUACCCAACUAGAAAUAUUUUCACAUUAAAAUCUUAUCUUACGGAAAUAAUAAAAUAUUUUGCUCUUGGUUAUGGUCUGAACAGUGCUAAAUCUCUAUGCUCAGUAAUUGUAAAUUUUCGUAAAAGUUCGAUGAAAAUGUUUUUCAGAGCAAUUUUUAAUCAAAAAAAUGUAAAAUUUGGAAUGGUGUUAGGAGCCUACGCUGCAUUAUUCAGAGGCUCGUUAUUCUUAUUUGAAAAAUCUAACUGCUACAAGGAAACAACAAAUGUAGCUCUGGCUGGAUUUAUUGCUGGUAUAUCGUACUAUAUUAAACCUACUAUUAAUAUUCUAGCAAUUGCAACUGUAACUGUCAUACAGAUUCUAUUAAAGGAGAAUUUUAAAGGAACAAAAUCAACAAAACUGGUACUUAUAAUGUUAAUUUACAUGUUCAGCAAUGGAAUCCUUUUUCAGAACAGGUUUAUCGCACCUAUUACUUGUCCGAAAUAUUAUGUUAAUAUGUUGCAAAUGGCGUCACAGCAAUUGAUAGACGAUAUUUAUCACAGGUUAAUUAAUAAAUACUUAAAAACAUGAUACAAACGAUGCUGACCAGAAUUUUGUUUAUGUCUCAAUAAAA